UUAGGUCCGCAUGAAUAUGAUCUAGAAUUAGCACUUUCGAUAUCUUUAGAUAUACGGCAACCACCGAUAGUGGUUGAUAUAAAUGAUUACCUCAUGGUGUAUAUGUGCUUUGAACGCUGGCAAUAAACAGGAAACUAAGGAUCUAAUAUGAUCAACAGACGUUAUUUAAUAUGAUAAACUGUAACAGAGUGACCGUAUUGUUUGAUAGAGAAGUGUCCAUCUUCUUUUCCAUACAAAUAAACCAAUGAAACUGACGAACAAUAGACGGUGAAAUAUUCGCGAAGAUAAUCCCUCUAAUCAAACCUCAAGAUGGUCUUCAAACACGAACAGCCCGCCACAAUUUUUGACCCUGAGGUUGGAAAGGCCAGCGAUUGUUACCAAGAUUAAGUUUGGCAAAUAUGAGAAGACGCAUGUGUGCAAUUUGCGUAAAUUUAAGAUUCUCGGUGGACUAGACGAUGCUCGAAUGGUGCUGCUUUACGAAGGUGGACUUAAGAACGACUCGAUCCCGGAAACAUUCAAUCUCAAACAUCGCACGGAUUCGGGCGAACUGCUGCCGAUCAAGUACAUCCAAAUUUGCCCCCUGCUCUCGUGGGGACCGAGUUUUAAUUUCUGCAUUUGGUAUGUCGAGCUGCUUGGAAUCGAAGAUUCCAUUUUUAUUCUUUCCAAUCUACGCAAGUACAACAUGUUGCGCGAGGUGCAAAUCGUUCGGCUAUUUAUGAAACACUGCCGGCAGCAAGGCUACGUGAAAGCGUUUAACGCGCUGCAAGAGGAAACUGGUGUUCGUCUCGAGGACGAAAGGAUGACCGAGCUACACGAGGUUCUUGUCAACCAGGGAGAUUUCAACAAGACUGAGGAAAUGUUGGUCGAUUUUAUUAAUAAGGGUCUGAUGGACGAUUAUCUCUCGAAACAGGAGUAUAAGCCAAACUGGAGUUUACAGCUGACACCGGAAAACGAACCCAGACCAGGUCGACGAGGCGGUCAUCAGCUUAUAAUAGAUCUUAUAUCCAGUACUAUCUGGCUGUAUGGAGGAUGGGAUGGGAGCGAGGAUUUGAGUGAUUUGUGGUCGUACAACGUGAAAAAUAACCAGUGGACAUUAAUUCACCAGAAAUCGGAACUGCUGGAUGGACCAACUCCCCGGGCUUGCCACAAAAUGGUUUAUGAUUCGAAAAAUUCGCAAAUUUUUAUGCUCGGACGAUACUUAGAUAGUGCUUCCCGUACCGAAGACAAUACAUAUAGCGAUUUUUAUCUCUAUAACACCGUUAGUAAAAUGUGGUUUUUAAUCUGCAAUGAUACGGCACAAGUUGGUGGACCACAGCUAGUGUACGACCAUCAAAUGUGUAUCGAUGCACAAAAGCAAACGAUUUACGUUUUCGGCGGACGUAUUUUGGAACCGAAAUUUUCUUUCUCCUUUAGAAAUGAAGAGGAAUCAUCGAGCGAUUACAAGUAUUCAGGCCUGUAUUCAUACCACAUCUGCACCAAUACGUGGAAUCAUAUUUUGGUGGAUUGCGGACAUCCUUCGGCUGCCAGUCCGCAUGUGCAAAGCAUCAAAUCAAGGGUUACUCAUUCGAUGCUGUUCCAUCACAAACACCGGAAACUCUACAUUUUCGGCGGACAGCGUGGCAAGGAUUACAUGACAGAUUUUCUCAUAUACGACAUAGACAACAAUGAGUUAUCAAACAUGACACCGGAGAAUAUGGGAACGGAUUUGAAGAAUGUCCCACAAUCAGGAUUCACCCAACGGGCAACAAUUGACUGUGAAAAGGACGAAAUUUAUGUAUUGACUAGCCUAAGCAAAGACAAGGAACGUCGAGAUUUAAAUAUUAACUCAUUCUGGUUGUUCUCACUGGCCAGGAAAGAAUGGUGUUGUGUAUAUAAAAGUGACCACUCUAUAGGCGAGAACUGUUAUCUUAAGAAUCAAAACGCCUGUCAGGAACCAUGCCCCAGGUAUGCGCAUCAAAUCGUGUACGAUGCGAAAAAUCAGAUCCAUUUCCUGUUCGGUGGUAAUCCGGGCAUGAAUUCUCAUUUUCGUUUGGAUGAUUUCUGGAUGUUACGACUGGAGAAACCGGCACGGCAAAACAUUGUGCGCUACUCACUUUACCUGCUGAGAAAACUAGAGUACGAGGAAAUUGUCAAAACUAAUCCCCUUUCGGCUAUACCCUAUUUACAAACGAAACUGUACGAUAUUAUUGAUCACGACGAUCCGGCACAGCUGAAGGAAUUUCACAAACUAGCAUCUCUGCUGUUCAAAUCGGACAAUAUGGAUUGCGGCACGGAACCAACUAGUCUGCUAACAAUUCCCCUAGGAGGAAGUUUAAAACUGAAUACCGAGGAUCAUCCAAACGAACACGAGCCAAAUGAGAAAAUGAUGCGCGUUGAGGCGAAAUGUAGCGACGAGGCGGACGGUUCCAGUAGUAGUUCGCUCAGUAGCGAGUGUUCCAGUUCACAAACCGCAAGGGCGGUACCGUCAACUUCGUUGGCAUAUUCAUCGCGCUCUCAGAAAACCGAUGAUCAGUCGUUUGAGCUGAAGAUUCGUCGCUGUCUGCUGUACAACAAAAUUGUGGAUCUACUUCCGGAAAAACUCUGCCAGCCAAAGAAAAACAUAAGCGAUUACGUGCUGCCUUAGUCAAAACUGUAGCUGUGCGCCCUGUGAACGCCCCUCAAAAAAAAAAAAACAACGGACAGAUAAUUUUCGCUCUUCAAUGCGCAUAACUUCACAACCUCUUGCUGCAAACUAUACUUCGAACAGACUGCUAAUCGAACGGAUUUAAAACGAGGAAACGGAAAUGUGAUAUUAAUUUUCGCUUUGGAAACCAACCCGUAGCUUUUUUCCCUGUAUUGUUUCUGGAUUGCCAUUUUUAAAACGCGUAAUGCCUUGGCAUUAAUAGAAAUAGUGUUUCUGGUCAGGCAAAUUUUGCUUUUUUGCUGCGAACUAGAUUAUUUUCAUUGUUAAUAAGGACAAUCAAUUCUUUAGGUAGGAAUACGUUGAUUUGUGGACGAUUUGUUAUUAAAGAUGCAAUUUAUUACCAUUCGAA